CAGACAACUCAUGUCCCGUUUCUUUUUUUUCUCUCUUCACUUUUAUGUUUUAGUUUUGAUCUCGUAUUAGUUUUUUUCUCUGAUUUUGUUUAUGUGCAUUUAGUUUGUUAUACAGCUUGGGAUGUUGAUAGGAUUGAAAAUUUUUCUUUUUUUUAAUGGAACUUUUGGGGGUUUGGUUAAAAUGGUUAUUGAUUGAGGUUUUGAGAGUUCUGGAUUGAUUGUUGAGCUUGAAUUUUCGUAUGUAAUCCGUGAUACAUAGUUGCUUUAAUGUAUUUAUAUAUGUAAUCUGGGAUAGAUAGUUGCUUUCAUGUAUUAAUUUACAUGUAAUCUUGCAUUUGCAUUUUUAAGUUGAGUUACAGUAGUUAUAGUGGAUUUCUUAUUAGAAUUUAUGGGAAUAUUAUGUUCAUGGUAUUUUGAUGUGAUCAAUUGAAGAACGUAGAUAGACUUUUUCAUUCCAACUCUUAGUUUCAAAACCAUUGAUAUAUUGUUCUGUGUGGUUUAUUUUGAGAGUUGAAUAGAGCCUUCAAUUUCUUAAGCAAGGUAGAUAAUUUUUAUUCGUCCAUAGGAUAUAAAAACAUAGAGUUUAUAUAUGGUUCACAAAGGUUGACUGCCAAACAUUUAUGCAUGUUCUCUCUUUUUAGUAUUAUUGUUGUUUCAAAGACUUUUUAGCUAUGCUUGGUAUCGUAUUAUCUUAACUUGGUCAUGGAUUGUCUACUUAAAUGGACAAUCCCCUGUGUGAUCAAGUUGAAGCUUAAUCCUCAGUAACUAAGGUUAUGGUCGGUACCCUUCUGAAAUUAAUUUUUACAGGAAUACACUGCAACCUAGCUUAAUGAGAUUACACUAUGCUGCUUAACCAGCCUUUAUUAAGACCAGAUUUUAACAAUAUACUUAAAUUUCAAAAGCUUAUGCAGAAGUGACAACAAUAAAAGGUAUUUCAACUGUCAAAUUUACAGGAACUUCCUGUACACCUCAUCUUUGAUAAACAGUAAGUGAAAACCUUUACUGUCACAAUUUCUUGUGGUGAUUAGUUUCAGUGCUGGAUAAUUAGAUGUCUGCAACCUAGUGGCACAUUACUUAAUAUUUUCUGUCUCUGUGUGUAUACAUGUUUUUGCGCAAAACAGAAUUUUUUCUUCUUUCUUCUUAGAAUUUUAUUAUGGAGGGAAACCAUAUGAUAAAUGCUGAAACUGUCGAAAAGAGAAAUCUUCUUACCUUAAUAAGGUCUUUUUCAUUGAAAUCUUUUAUAUUUCCAUAUGAUUUAUAGAUUUACAGGCACAUGGUUUACAUUUUUGGUUUAUGGAAGUCCUAUGAUAUGAAAAUAGGAUUCUUGUUUUUGCUAUACGUAUCUUUAUUUAGCAUAACUGCAACUUCAUAGAGAAGUCUUAAUGAUAAGGGUGCAAACUAGAUAAUUAGAGGGAGACGAAUAGAGAAAUUUUUGGAGUUCAUUACCAUAGUAGUCAUGCAGCUGCUUACUUGCUACCUCUGGAAACCAUUAUCUAGCACUACACUACCACUCCCAGCACUGUGAUAGCAGUAAAGUGGUUCUGCUAAUACAACAGUUUAUAGUUUUUGCAUUUUACACCACCUUCAUAAAUCUGUCAUUACUUUGACAUCACGGCUAGCAGCAACUCUUCAACUCUCCAACUCAAGUUGGCAUCUUAUUUUCCCACUUCCAUUUUCCUGAAUGAGCACACCACCCUGUUAGUUUGUUCUUUUUGAUCGGUCAAGGGCAUGCUCUUUCAGCAAAACAGCUGAAAAGGAAAAAGAUCAAGUACUUGGUGAAAUGGAAAAUAAAUGUGGCUGAAAUUGCCCUGGUUACUCUUUAAGACCAGAAGGAAGAAAGAGGAAGAAGAUUCCAGAAUGGAGCAGGUUGUUCAUGAGAAUUUAAACUUUACUGAAGAAAUAUUGAGUGCUACCUCAUACUCUCGGCAGUUGGCAGAGCAAAUGACACUUGCCAAAGCUUAUGUCGUAAUUGCGAAAGAGCACAAUAACCUUCACCUUUCUUGGGAGCUAAGCUCAAAGAUUAGGAGUUGCCAGCUUUUGCUUUCAAAUGCUGCAAUGAGAGGGCAGGCCAUUACACUAGAGGAAGCAGAGCCAAUAAUUAGCAGUCUAUCGUCUCUUAUUUAUAAGGCACAAGAUGCUCAUUACGACAUUGCAACUACAAUAGUGACGAUGAAAUCUCAUAUUCAAGCCCUUGAAGAGCGAGCUAAUGCAGCAACUGUUCAGAGUACCGUGUUUGGACAGUUGGUGGCAGAAGCAUUUCCCAAGAGUCUUCACUGCCUAAUUGUCAAGCUCUCAGCUGAUUGGCUUAGAAGGCCAUCCCUUAAAGACCUUGCAAAUGAGCAGAGAAACUCUCCUCGACUUGUGGACAACAAUCUCUACCACUUUUGCAUAUUUUCAGACAAUGUCCUUGCAACUUCAGCAGUAGUUAAUUCUACAAUUUCCAAUGCAGAUCAUCCUAAACAGAUAGUUUUCCAUAUUGUCACCAAUGGGGUUAGCUAUGGAGCUAUGCAGGCUUGGUUCCUUAGCAAUGACUUCAAGGGGUCCACUGUAGAGGUGCAGAACAUAGAGGAGUUCUCUUGGUUGAAUGCUUCUUAUGCUCCCAUUAUAAAGCAGCUACUUGAUGUAGAUUCACGGGCCUACUAUUUCGGGGAAAAUCAAGAUUUGAAAGUUGAGUCAAAAUUGCGGAACCCUAAAUAUAUUUCCUUGUUAAAUCACCUACGGUUUUACAUACCAGAGAUCUAUCCACAGCUUGAGAAGAUAGUAUUCCUUGAUGAUGAUGUUGUUGUCCAGAAAGAUCUAACACCUCUUUUCUCAUUGGAUUUGCAUGGAAAUGUAAAUGGGGCGGUGGAGACUUGUCUUGAAUCAUUUCAUCGUUAUUACAAGUAUCUCAAUUUCUCAAAUCCGGUCAUCAGCUCAAAGUUUGAUCCACAAGCAUGUGGAUGGGCAUUUGGCAUGAAUGUUUUAGAUUUGAUUGCCUGGAGAAAAGCAAAUGUCACUGCAAGAUAUCAUCACUGGCAGGAGCAAAAUGCUGAUCGGACACUAUGGAAACUGGGAACUCUUCCUGCCGGUCUUUUAGCUUUCUAUGGGCUCACAGAACCACUUGAUCGGAGGUGGCAUGUGUUAGGAUUAGGUUAUGAUCUUAACAUUGACAACCGCCUUAUUGAGAGUGCGGCAGUUGUUCACUUUAACGGAAACAUGAAGCCAUGGCUAAAAUUGGCAAUUGGAAGGUAUAAGCCUCUAUGGGAAAGGUACAUAAAUCUGAGCCACCCAUAUCUCCAAGAUUGUGUCACAAGUUAAAAUGUGCUAUUUUUUUUGGUUAUUGUUAGUAAUUUAUGUGAUCUUCAAUGAUAUAAACCCAUCAAGGCUGAUCAGGUUUAUUUGUAGAGUCGGAAGUGAAAAUUUUGACUUUGUUAGGAGAUUUUAAAUUUCUUUUCUUUUUUUUUUUUUAAAUUUUAGUUUUUCUUUUUCAUCAUAGUAUCUGGAAAGGAAAAGAAAGAUUUUUAUACAAGAUAAAGUUUGAAAGGUGAAGAGAUGUGGGAAUUUCAAUUUUGGCUGAUGGGAUUUUCUUUUUCCCCUCAAGCAAACUGUAGGAAUUAUUUGUUCUUUACCAAUUAUUGUAAUAAUCUCUCUGCUCUUUUGGAUUAUAUAUUGUAGCUGAAUCCCUAUAAUAUUCACCCCCUCUUCUUGUUAUAUCAAA